ACCAAGGUGCUGGGCCGGACCGGCUCUCAGGGGCAGUGCACUCAGGUGCGUGUGGAGUUCAUGGACGACACGAGCCGCUCCAUCAUCCGUAACGUGAAGGGGCCGGUGCGCGAGGGCGACGUUCUCACCCUGCUGGAGUCGGAGCGCGAGGCCCGGCGGCUGCGCUGAGCGGGACCCGGGGCCACCCCUGCUGCCGUAUCGUCCAUCGGGGGAUGGAGCCUGGCGCGGCUCGUUCGACCCUGGGGCGCGGGUGGGAAGGAGCGUGGCGAACGUGUCACGGCAAUAAAGGGUUUUUACAGUAGCCCCUUGUCCGGUUUUCACUCAUCAAGCGCCGCCUGACACCUCCGUUUUGUCAAACACGGGGGCACCUGCCGCUUUCCUCGGGUUCAAUAGCAACAUGCUCUGCUUGUUACUGGGGUUACAUAUAGUGCCUUGUAAUGUUACUGUGUUAUUGCAUCUUUACUGACCUGUCACAACAAAAGUAGUUCCGUUUUGAUUGCAGUAGCCUUAAUCCUAAUUUUUCUGGUAAGCAAUUUUCUGUAUGAUGAACUGGCACUGGAAACUUACUGAACCUCAGUGGAAUUAAAUCUUAAGUUUAAAGUCAA